AUGGCCUUCAUAGAAAACCUGACAGCAUUCUAUAACAGAUGGGAAAACAAAAGUACUGGGCCAGAUGGUGCUAUCACACCUGGUGCAGAUGAUGUCCUGGUAGACAGUAACUGUAAGAAUACAGAAAUGAAAGCAGCCCUUGGUAUGUUCUCACAGCGUCUGUGGCAGGCAACCCACCAGCGCGUGUACCUGGGAGAGCAGGUGGGCGUGGUGGUGCCAAUGGGCAUGGCACGGGCAUGUGCAGUGAAGACUUCACGUCAGGCUACCUGGCAACGCUGGUCCACCGCUAACAUUAGAGUGCUGCAAGGAGGCGGGGAGGCGGCAGUGUUUGGCGCAAGGUUUGAGUGGGGGCCUGAGGGAAGUGUGGGUGUGGGUGUGUCCCAGCCUGAGGGAUGUGGGCGUGGGGGCCAGCAUAUUACUCUCGAUGCUCACCUACUUCAAGAGAUGGACCACCAUCAUCUAUAUUCACUAGCUGGGUCACUGGUGGGUGGAUGGGCACGGUACCGCUGGGGGGUGUUCGAGGAGCGAGGAUAUGAGGCCCACCCACGCUACCCUGUCACCUACAUCACUGAUGGCUCCCUCAAACAUACGGCUUGUACUCCCACUCUCACACCUGGACUCUGGACCCAUAAGAAAGAAUCUGGUGAGUGUGAAGAUCCUGAUCAGGGAAAGCUGGGUGAGUGUGUGUGGAUGCCUGACACCUCGCUGCAACUCAACACCUCCCUCCUCUACCGCACUGACCUACCCCAGAUAUGGGAGUUUUGUGACUCUGCUAGCCACAAUGAGGAUGCCCCAACACCCCACAACCUACUGUGUGAAGCCAAAAGCGUCUGGCAUGUCAUCAGCAAACACUCGGACUUCUCCAGGCAGCUACCUGAACAUGCAACACAAGAAACCACAGCAGACACCACCCACUACACCCCACAGACCAUAAGCCAGCACAGUAGCCAUCACCCCCAACACACUGAUCAGCUCCAAGUGAUAGAAACUAAGGAGUUUCAAAAAUUUUCUUCUGAAAUGGAUAACUUGACCAUUUCCCAGAAGCUCCAAUUGUAG